AAUCAGAUUCUACCUGUGAUUUAAAGAAUCGGUUGGACGGCACAGUUAGCUGCUAAAGCUAAACUUCAUUUUUUUUAACUUCAUAAAUCAUCAUAAAUAGACAUCAACCACUUAAUAUCUACAGUGGCCUGACUGGACCAGGAUGGUUGACGACUUCGACGAUCAGGAAGUUCAGUCUAGUGGAGAGCUGUGGUCCAAGAUCUGCUCCAGUCUGCCGGAAGUCCAGGCUCUUGAAAGCACCCCGGACUUCACAGACUCAUUCCAUCCAGCAGCCCACCCUGAAGUCCAGGCCAGCGCACAAGUGAAUGGGACCAACACCGGUUCUCCCAGCGCCCAGUGGGCACCCAUGGACGACUCUGAGUCUUACUUAGCCAGUUUAGAAAACCGCCUGAAAAAGCUAAAGGGUCAGUCCAGCGAUGUCACGUCCAGAGACAUGCUGCGCUCGUUGUCUCAAGCUCGGAAAGAAUUCUGGGAUCGAUUUCUGCAUGAUGCCCAGACCUCUGAGCUCUUCCAAAGUGAUGACAUGGAUGAGAGUGCUCUGGAACACUUGAAGAGGUGGUUGAUCCCAGAGAAGGUGGCCAUCAGUGCGGAGGAGCUGGAGUAUCUCCUAAGGCCGUCCCAGAGUUCACCUUCAACAGGAGCAGAUCACACACUAAACCAAGAGGAGACAGAAGGAGAAGAACACAACUCAGAGGAAGACGAUCCAAGCUCCCCAGAGAAAUAAAUGUAAAAAAAAUCCCAUCCUAAAUUGUUAAUCUGCCAAGUAAUCUGUAAAUUUGUUUUUCAUUUCACCUUGUUUCUGAGCUGUGACGUUAAAACUGUUUCUUCCUUUAACCGCCAGAGUUCAUGUUUCUGUCUUAAAUAUUUAUCAUUUACUCAUAGAAAAUGCUGUUGUGUAAUAUUAUACCUUUAGUUUUUUGUAACAACAGAUCUGGCAUCAAGUCUCACGUGAUUCUCAGCUUUGCUUGAAUGAGAAAACCUUAAUAGUUGGAAUAGAAGAAGCUGUAAAUAUUGCCAUACAAUGCAAACCAGAUGUUUCUUUUUGUAAAUGUUCAUAUCCGCUGAAUAAUGUGAGUCAUUCUUAAAUACUCUGCAAAUCCUUAAUGUUUUCCUUUCAUUUUGAGUCCAAGUUUACUCUCAUUUAAAUAAAACCCUAAUUCUGAUUGCUGCCAUAAUUCUUACAUACAUUUAAAUAUAAAUUAAAUGUGAUGUAACUUAGCAAGCCUGUUAGUAACUGUUAAUAUCAGUGUUGUUUUAGUCUGUAUUUUUUUAUCCAGUGUUAUAGACUACCUUUCUUAACUUUCUUGGGGCCAAAGCCGACUUAUGUGACCACUUAGACUUAGACAAACUUUAUUGUCAUAUUGAAUACACAGUGUAUACAAAACGAAACUUCGAUGCAUACAGCUUUUCAAC